CUGUUCGGAGCACCUCGUCCGAGGCCGACUUCUUUGACAUCCCUGAUGAACCGAUUCAGGCGAUCCUGAAGCGCCAGCUGCGGCGCGUACGGACAUGGGUCGUCUUCGGUGCAAUCUUCCUCCUCCUUCUCUAUCGCAGCCGUCCGCGUCCGAUCGAGCCGGAAAAGCUGCCGCAUAUUGAUUACAAGAAGGUCGACUGGUCGCUCUACGCUUACAGCCAGUAUGCGACCUCCUCGGCUUACCUGUGCAACGCCGUGAUGGUGUUUGAGGCCUUGGACCGCCUCGGCAGUCGAGCAGAACGUAUUCUGUUCUAUCCAGAAGAUUGGGACCUGGAAAUCAGCGAUACCAAUGACAGGGACAGCCAGUUGCUGGUCUUAGCGCGGGACGCGUACAAAGUGCAGCUGGUGCCGAUCGAUGUGCAGAUGGUUCGCAGUGGAACAGGAUCCAAGGAACCAUGGGAUAAAAGUAUUUCGAAGCUGCUUGCGUUUGGCGAAACACAGUACGAGCGGAUCAUCCAUCUCGACUCCGACAUCACCGUUCUGCAGAGCAUGGAUGAGCUGUUCUUCCUGCCUGCCACUCCAGCCGCCAUGCCUCGUGCUUACUGGAACCUCCCUGAAAACAGACAGCUUAGCUCGAUGCUUAUCGUGGUCCAGCCCUCGUUCCGCGAAUACAGCGCGCUCAUGACUGCCGCCAAACCCGCCAUGUACGGACAGGUUGAGCCGAACACCACCGUAGAGCACGCAUAUGAUAUGGAGUUGUUGAACGAUCGCUAUAGGGACUCGGCUCUUGUGCUUCCUCACCGACGGUACGGCCUGGUCACCGGCGAGUUUAGGAAGACGGACCACACGGCUUUUCUCGGAAAUGAGUAUGAGCCCUGGGACCCGGACAAGGUUCUGGCGGAGGCCAAGUUUGUCCAUUUCUCGGAUUGGCCCUUGCCCAAGCCUUGGGUGAUGUGGCCACAGAAGCUCCUCGCAGAAAUGUUGCCAAAAUGCCAGAAUAACCCUGGUACACCACAGGAGAGUGGCUGCCGUGACCGCGAGGUCUGGAAGAACCUGUAUGAGAACUUCCGCAGGAGACGCAAGGUACAGUAAUCCGCCGGAUCCCUUGUCUCCCCUUGAUUAACCAUGUUUCCACACAAACAGGACAUUUGUAGACUGCUCAGCUACCCCGCUCCCGACGAACUCUCUUCUGACAAACCUGAAGGACAAUGAGAAGAAUAAUUGCCUAUUCAACUUCUCUCCUACUAGCUAGACUAGGUUGGAGGCCAUAUCAUCACUCACAGUACAUUGCACUGGCGUUAUUUUAUGCAUAUUUGGACAUGAUUAGGAUUCAUUGAUUCAUUUG